AUGCAUAUCCUCUCGGAGCCAGACGUUUCCAAAAUCUUCCGCGGUCUAACACAAGACCAAUGCAACGGCUUCAUCUCAGCACUCGGCAAUGCUCUAAUCAGCAUAACCAAAGAAUCAAAGCCCUCAACUCCAGAAUCCGCUAAAAAAAUCCAUCAACCCCUCCGUACAGUCUUCACCACAAGCGAUGGCAACACCUGCAUCUUCAUGCCGGUAUCGGACACCGCAUCCACCGGCAUCAAAGUGGUAACCGCCAGUCCCAAGGGAAUCCAAGGCGUAAUCAACAUCUUCAGCCCAGAAGGCCGCCUCCAGGGCCUCCUAGCCGCAGCAGAAGUAACAGCCUUCCGCACCGCGCUGGCAACAAUGACCCUGUUCGUGCGCUGCACGACCAUCCGCAAGGACAACGUUCUUGUUCUCGGAAGCGGUCGGCAGGCGGAGUGGCACGCGCGUCUUGCGCUGCUGCUGUACCCGGACCAGGUGCGGCGAGUGACGUUUGUAAAUCGCGGUGCGACGAGGCUGGCGGAGAUGGAGAGGGAUGUUGUCUCUGAGCUGCGCCGGACUAAUCCCGCUGUUGUCUUUAUCACGCUUGCUAAGGAGGGUGUCUCCGACUACGAGCAACGGCUGGGGGAGGAACUCGCUGCUGCCGAUGUUAUUUUCAGCUGUACCCCUGCUACAGUCCCGAAUUUCGGGUAUAAGGCGCUGCAGGCCAACCCCAAGCCGCGAUUUAUCUCUCUUAUUGGCUCGUACAAGCCUGAUAUGCAUGAGAUUGAUACCGAGACGCUGCUUUCUGGGGGUGGCAAGGUUUAUGUUGAUUCUAAGACGGCUUGUCUUGAAGAGGCUGGGGAGUUAAUCACUGCGGGUCUUGGGGAAGAGCAGUUGAUUGAGAUGGGGGAUCUUUUGGGGGCGGGCGGGAUCGUGGAGGAUGUGAUUAAUAUUCCUGCUGGUUGUAACGUUGUCUACAAAUGUGUUGGUAUGGGACUGAUGGAUCUUGUUGUUGGAAAGAAGGUGCUUGAUGUUGGGGCUGAGAUGGGGCUUGGGACUCAUGUUGAUGGGUUCUAA